GGCGUUUGCUGGGCCUGGGAACUUCCGGCGGUGGCUGAAAACUCUAUUUCCUCAACUGCAAAGUCGAAGUCUCACGCCACAUACGAGCGCUUCUUCCAACAUUAUGAACUUCAUGUCCUUUACAACCCUCACACACGCUGAAUUUGAAGAAGGAUGCAAGGCCUUCAUAUCAAAAUGCGCUCUAGAUCGGGACCCAAUUUCUCGUAGGAAAUACCCCCCAGGCUGGCACUGGCAUGAGCAUACUUCUUUCCCUCAGCUCGGAUAUAUGUCUCGAUCUUUGUCUAUUCCCGCCCACUCUCUUUGCGAGGACCAUCUCGAUGAUGAAACUGACGAAGUUUACGUUGAGGUGCCGGAAGAUGAUGCUGAGGCGCCUCAGGUUAUCCGCGAACUAGUGACGGUUACACUCUCCGUUGUCUACUCUCCAACGUAUCAGGUCCCAGCCCUUUACUUUACUGCACAUCAUACCAGUGGGUGGAUCGCAAUCGGGUUUUCGUGCGCUUCGCCUGACGAUGCUCUAGGCGGCUCACCUCUAACGCUUCCCGAAAUCACCCGUCUACCACUCUUUCGGGAAGGAUUGUUUCCCGAUGAACAAGGUGGCUCGUUCGCACUGAACGUACCAGAUUCGUCCUUUGCGAUGCUGUCACAAGGAGACCAUCCGACUCUGGGUACACCAAGCUGGUAUCUUCAUCCUUGUCAUACUUCGGCUGUGGUAAGUGAAAUACUGUCCGUGGGGGAAUGGGGAGAUCAUGAACAAGCUGCGAGAUGGAUAGAGUCCUGGUUCCUUGUAUUGGGUAACGUUGUCGACUUCACUCCACAUAACAGUAGUGUAAUGGUAUAGGGAAUGGUGUAUUGCCUAAUUUUUGCUCGAUUUAAAAGUAAUUGAAGCGAUGUCAGCUGUUUGGGGA